GUGGCGCCGAGCAUAUAUAGGAGACUGACGCGCAGGGGCCGCGCGCUGCAUCGGGAGGCCCCGGAAGUGCCGCGCAGGGGGGCGGCUGAGGGGGCGGCGGGAGCUCGGCGGCCGGGGAGGCCGCUUCGGAGCCGGGCGCGCGGCCACAUUCGCUUCCGCUGCGUCCCGAGCCCCCGGCCCAGCCACCAUGGACUUCAGGGAAAUCCUGCUGAUCGCUUCCAAAGGACAAGGCGUCAACAGCGUCCCGAAAAGGUAUAGUUUGGCAGUGGGGCCUCCCAAGAAAGACCCAAAAGUUAAAGGUGUCCAGUCAGCAGCCGUACAAGCUUUUCUUCGAAGGAAAGAGGAGGAGCUUAGACGAAAAGCCUUAGAAGAGAAGAGGAGGAAAGAGGAACUAGUGAAAAAGCGAAUUGAGCUCAAACAUGACAAGAAAGCAAGAGCCAUGGCCAAGAGGACAAAAGACAAUUUCCAUGGUUAUGACGGGAUUCCUGUUGAGGAAAAGUCAAAGAAGAGGCAGGCCAUGGAAAGCCACCCCAGCCAGGGAACAGACCAGGAGUACGAGGUGGAAGAGGAGGAGGAAUUCUUUGAGUACAACCAAGCAGAGUCAGAACAGGAGGAUGAGGAAGAGCAGGAACCUCCCAAAGUUGAAAGCAAACCAAAGGUCUCCCUCAGAAGUGCCCCACCCCCCAUGAACUUCACGGAUUUACUGAGGCUAGCUGAGAAGAAGCAGUUUGAACCAGUGGAGAUCAAGGUCGUGAAAAAAGCCGAAGAGCGGCCUAUGACUGCGGAGGAACUUCGGGAGCGAGAAUUUCUUGAACGAAAGCAUAGGAAAAAGAAACCUGAAACAGAUGCAAAACUACCUCCAUCUGUGUCCCAAAGGGCACCCGCUCAUAAAGAAGGCGUGGGCACAAAACCUAGCAGGCGUCCUGGCGACAAGCGUCCUUCUUUGAAGGGGAUGUCCUCUCCUCAGGCUGAGAAGAAAUCCGGACCUAGUACAGCCAGUGAGAAACACUUGGCUUUGUCUGCAUCCAGAUCAGUGCCGGGAGAGAGGACCAAGGCAGGGUCUGUCAGCAGCUCCCAGCCCUCCCUUCGGGAGGGUCACCACAGACCUGUUCUCAAUGGGGCUGGAAGGCCUCACCCUAACACCUAUUCACCUAGUGUCCCAAAGACUUUUGCUAGUGGGACUCAGAAAUCUGCUUCUGAGCACAAAGCCAAAAAGUCUCUUCCUUCUCAUCCUAGCCAUUCCAAGCCUGGGCCCACCAGUCUCUCACAAAACAAGCCUAAGAGUCCAGGUGUCAAGCAACUGGGCAGCAACUCCAGCUCAGCCCCUGGGCGGCCCAGCCCAGGGACAGCUCGGCCCACACUUAGUUCUGGCACUGUUCCCAGACACCAGAAUGGCAGCUCCAGCUCAGGAUCUGAGCGAUCAGUCAGUGGGGUCAGAAAGCUAGACAGUGUCUCACUUCCCACUGGACGGACAGGCAGUGGCACAAAUGGUCCUGGACGCCCUGCAAGUAACUCAAGUGGCCCUGGGAGACCCAUCAGUGGCCCAAGUGGUUCUGGGAGACCUGUGGGCAGCUCUGGAGGCCCUGGGAGGCCUAUAAGCAGUCCACGUGACCUUCAGCGACCAGUGAGCAGCUCAGGCCCUUCAGCAUAUCCAGUCAGUGGCCCUGAGAGAUCCAUAAGUGGCUCAGUUCCAGCUGGACGAACUGUCAGUUCAGGUCUCCGAAGAUCAAUAAGUAGCUUAGGCCCUGGGCGGACAGUUAAUAGUCCCGGCGCCCCCAUAAAGCCCAAGUGCACUGUUGUCUCAGAAACAAUUUCUUCCAGGAAUAUUAUUAGCCGACCAAGCAAUGGACAGAUGAAUGGAAUGAGGCCUCCCCUGUCUGGCUGCAGAUAUACUCAAGGUCCCCAAAGCCUUCCCUUCCGUACUGGUUGCAGAAGGCCACGAGAGUUGGAAGAAGAAGAAGAUGAUGAAUACGACUCCGAAAUGGAUGAUUUUAUUGAAGAUGAAGGAGAACCUCAGGAAGAAAUAUCUAAGCACAUUCGGGAAAUCUUUGGCUAUGACCGAAAAAAAUAUAAAGAUGAAAGUGACUAUGCCUUACGUUACAUGGAGAGUAGUUGGAAGGAACAGCAGAAGGAAGAGGCGAAGAGGUAAGCACAGAGCUUGACAGCCAGGCAUAGAAGUGUCCUAAAAAUUCCUUCUUCCAGGGCUGGAGAGAUGGCUCA